AUGAACUUGCGCGUGCCCUCAACCUACUUCUUUCUGGAGGUCGCUAAGCACGUUGCUGCCUGUUCGAAGGCAGUUAAGUACACGCUGACCAAGUGCAGCGCCGUAGAGCUUGGGGAAGAUGAGAGGUUGGGGAGGUGAAAGGUGCGUAUGCAUCAUGUGGAAGAGGAUGCAGAGGAUGAAGUGGGGCAGAUGUCUUGCAUUGAAAGGCGUCAUCAGUGGUAUAAGCAGUAUGAUGGUGUGGAUGGCAUCACUUCACCGCCAUCUUUCACGCACAGGGAAGCGAAGGGUGGAUGUGAAGCGGAAAGUAGACGCAUGGAUUUGCACGGUGGUAAGGAGUGGAGGGGACUUACAACCGGGUUUGUCGCCGUCGGCAUCGGUAGUGGGGAGGAAUUGGAAACUAAGCAGCAGUGCUUCGCACGUGGCAGGCAUGAUGACCUUCCUUCCCUCAUUGUCCUGCUCCUUCAAGGCGAGCAAAGACUGAACGCACUCGCUUCAGGUUCGCUUGCAAGCGGCAUUGAUGGCUUCUGCGCUGCCUCCCUUACCCAGGGGUGA